GACUCUAAACCAAUAGGAACUAAGCUUGGAUGUAGGAGGCGGGGUUUCCCUUGUACGGACAUCCGUUGUUUAAAAUGUCUCCUUAACAACCGAACUGGGAGUCAAGAAGGAGAAGUUUUCGGUGGAGAAACACCUCGAGUCGGAAUGGCUGGGACUGGUGAGGGAAAGAAAGAGGAGGCCGACUACAAGAGACUGCACAGCUUCCCUCUCAUCAGGCACACGGACAUGCCAGAGGAAAUGAGGGUUGAGACCAUGGAGCUUUGUGUUACAGCCUGUGAAAAGUUUGCAACUAACAAUGAGAGUGCAGCGAAGAUGAUCAAAGAGUCCAUGGACAAGAAAUUCGGCAGCUCGUGGCACGUGGUGAUUGGCGAAGGUUUUGGCUUUGAGGUCACACACGAGGUGAAGAACCUGCUCUACAUGUUCUUUGGAGGGAGUCUGGCCGUGUGUGUGUGGAAGUGCUCGUAGCAUCUCCUCGCUGUCCCUCGUCCCCUGUGACGGGAUCACAGAGCUGGGAAAGAACACCAGCCGGACGCUGGUGUCAUUUGUGUGGCGACAGGUUAGUUUGUCCACACCACCGGCCACUGUGGCACAUAAUAAACAAUUAUUUGGAGUUCUUGUCCAGUUUAAAAAUGUAGUUGUCAGGGAAAAUAGUUGAAAGGGACUUUUAAAAAGUGUGGCGGUCACUUUGGCUGGAAGGCAUAAAAACAGCUUUCUGCCUCGUCUGUCACUUGCCUUUUUCUCUUUGUUUCCAACCCUCCAUCCGUCUCUGAAGCUGUAUCCAUGGGUCUAAACGUUUGUGAGCGUGCAUGUGCAAGUAGGUUCAACUUUUACAAACAAUACAGCCAAUCAGGGUCUCCAAAGUCCUUAAUCCUCAUUCCUUAUUCAGGGAGCAUGUGUGUGUGUGAGUUUAUGCGUUUGUGUGUGCUGGACACACACUGUUUUUUGAAAUGGCAUUUCAUUAUCACCUUCCUCAGCAGUUUGUACAACAGUGAACUGUCCACACCAUCCGUCACUCUUAACACCUGUCUUUCUCUCUCUUUCUCUCCGACCGCACUAAUCUUUCAGUAAACUUUUUUAUUGAAUGUAAUAUUUUUUAUGUGUACAUAUUUUGAGGCAAUUUGAAGAACUUCUUUUUAAAGACCAGUGUCAUCUUCUUACAACUAAAGGCUCAGAGUCUCCUGAGCCAAACAACACUAAACCCGAUCCACCUUUUCUCCCUGUAAGGGUGUUUGUAUUAAUCCCUAAUGAUAUCACCGCGCUGGGUGAUAUUUACAAUGGGAUUGUUUGUCAUGUUGAUGCCAGUUUUAAUGAUCCAGUGCAAUGGACCAUUUUGUGUGAACUGACUUGAUUGUACAAUAAACUCUGAAAUGUGGUGAAAUAGAA